CGACCUGGGCUGUUCGGGUCGCGCCGGCGGGGAACCGGGUGUGAGUCGCAGGGAGACCGGCCCGGACCUGGGACGCUGUCCUCGCGUGACCCGGAGCAGCACCCCGAGCCUCCGGCCAUGGCCUCCCUGCUCGCCAAGGACGCCUAUCUGCAGAGCCUGGCCAGGAAGAUCUGCUCCCGGCCCAGCCCCGAGCCGCGCCAGCGCAAGCCGGGGGGCAAGACUCAAGGCUCGGACGCUGCCGGACCCCCAAAAAGGAAGAGGAAGCGAGCCCAGAAGAAACCCCGGGAGCAGGGGGAGCAGGCCGUGGAGUCCAAGGCCCGGGCCCAGGGGGAGAAGCCCCGGGCAGCUUCCCAGACCAGGAAGCCCCUGGCAGUCAAGCAGGAGAGGGCCUCUGGCUCCCCUGGGGUCCCUGCAGGUGGCCCCGCCCCGGAGCCUGACUCCCUCUUCGCGCUGGACGUGCUGCGGCAGCGGCUGCACGAGAAGAUCCAGGAGGCCCGGGGCCAGGGCGGCGCCCAGGAGCUGUCCCCCGCGGCGCUGGAGAAAAGGCGGCGGCGGCGGCUGGAGCGGGACCGGAGGAAGCGGAAGCGGAGGGAGCUGAGGGCCCAGAAGAAGGCGGCCCAGGCCCCGGGGCCCGCGGAGGCUGCGGCGCCGGCCCCCGAGGCACCGGGCCCGGAGGUGGGGCAGGCGGCGCUGCUGUUCAACAAGGUGGAGGCGGCGGCGGAGGAGGAGGCGGCGGCGGCGGCGGGCGGCCCGGCCCAGCGGCGGCGGAGGCUGCGGGGCCCGGCGCCGCUCACGGGCAGGAACUACCGGCAGCUGCUGGAGCGGCUGGCGGCGCGGCGGGCGCGGCUGGCGGCGCUGCGGGAGCGGGACGAGGCGGCGGCGCGGGCGCAGGAGGACCGGGCGCGCUGGGCCUCCGCCCUGCACCGCGCCGAGGGCGUGCGCGUCCGCGACGACGAGCGGCUGCUGCGGGCCGCGCUGCAGCGCAAGGAGCGGCGGCGGGCGCAGCGGCGGCGGCGCUGGGAGCGGCGCGCGGCGCACGUGGUGGGGACGAUGCAGCGGCGGCAGGAGCUGCGCCGCCGGCACCUGCGCCGGAGGCGGGCGGCCCGGGCCGAGCGGCGCCUGGACAAGGCCCGCAGGAAGGGCCGCGUGCUCCCGCAGGACCUGGAGCGCGCCGGGCUGGCCUGAGGGCGCCCCGUCCGCACCCGCCCCCGUGCGGGCCCCGCCGCUGGGAACAGGACCCGGACCCCGGGGAGGGCGAACCAGUGGGCGCCCGCCUUCUCUUGUGAAACCGGGGAGCUCCCCCACCCCCCGGGGGUGGGGUUCAGGCCGAGGAGAGCAGUGUGGAGGCCCGGGGACUUGGGGCGCUGGGUACCCCCAUCCCUGCCGCGGCCCCGGAGCAGGAAGGAGGCCUGGUGGCCGCCCGCUCAGUCUAAACUCACUUGGGAGACAAACGCCCAGCGCCUGUGGCCCCCCCAGAUGGAGCUGCCGGCGGGUCCCGGGGAGCGGAGGGGUGGCCCCAGGCGGGACUGGAGUGGGGUGGCUGAGUUUACCUGUAAGGUGACCGUAUGCACGUUAAGAGCCCUGGGAGGGAGGUGGGCUGAAGGCGGUGGAACAGCCCAAGCCCGCAGGCGGGGGCAUGAGUGCAAGUGGAGAAACUCGGUGGGUUUGGUGGGAAUGUGGAUUCUAUUCCGGUGAAGCUGUUAAUAAAUUCUUUUUUUAUA